CCCUUCAACACACUCUCUCGGUUACGAUCCCCGAUCUGUUCCGGUUGCGACUUUCUCGACUUCAACAACUCGCGAGCUUUCCCUUUCAUCGUCUUUUGCUAGCUUUAUGCUGGUUUCUCAUCACGACCUACACCUCCAUUUCACACCCUAGCAUUCUUGGAUAACAGCUCAAUAGCCAAACAGAAGCAUGCUCGAAACAAUCUACGUCUGCAGGCACGGCUUCCGGUCAAACUGGAUCGACAAGUCUAUCGUUACCGGGCCCACUAAGCUGGAACGAGAUCCUCCUCUGGCGGUGUAUGGACUAGAACAAGCCGAAGCUCUAGCCAAAUUCCUCUCUUCCCCGUCCUCUUACCCCUAUUCCCCUUCGGAUCCGAGCUCUUACAUCCAACCCGCCACAAAAGGAUCAAGACCAUCAUCAGACCUCCCUACUCCUGAACUGGUAUUCUCGAGCCCGUUUUAUCGGUGUGUCCAGACGGCGGCUCCGACGGCUAGGGAGUUGGGCGUGGAAGUCAGAUUAGAACACGGGGUUCAGGAAUGGUAUUCAAACGUGAUCGAUUCUACGGGCCUUCAUCCUCGGCCAUCCUCGGCAGCGUCACUACAAACCCAUUUCCCCCAAACUCCCCUUUGUCAGGAAUACGGAUCGACGGUGUACGCUAGUAAACGCGGGGAGAGCUUGUCGGAGUUGUUGGCCAGGGCAGAGCUCUUCGCAGACGUAUUCAUCAACCGGAUAGAGGCAGAAUAUCCGGAUGUCAAGACGAUCGUCAUCUUUGCUCAUGCUGCCAGCGUGAUUGCUCUGGGUCGAGCGCUUACGGGAAACAAAUCGCUCCACGUCACCGCCGGAUGUGCGACCACCUCCUUAUACCGCCGCAAACCGACCCGCACCUCGAAUGGAAGCCUGACGACAACCGAGCUUCCCGUCGACUCGACCAAUCCCGUACCAAAACGUCUCAUCCCGGACGGAGUCGCACACGAGGAUCAAAAAGGUCCUGUCGUCGAGGGUGGGGGCAUGUAUGAAUGCGUUUGGAAUGGUCGGGCGGAUUAUCUGGUCAACGGGGUCGAGAGGGAUUGGAGUUUCAAGGAUGUCGUGCUCAAUGCCGAUGGACAUGUCAUCAUGGAUCGCGGAGAUGGACGACCUCAUACAGCUUCCGAUGAACUGCCUCUCGGUCUUCCGAAAGAGUUUACCAAGUACCUAUCGAAACCCGACCCGUAUACACCUAUCGUCAUGCGGGCCUCGCCGGCCGAAGUACAAAGACUCGCUGGGCACGAGAACAUGGAGGAGAAGGACGACGUCGAGCGAGCUGUUAUCGGGGAGGUCAGUAAGGGCAGACUCGAGAGGAAGUCGAGUGGAGUCGCUUUACUCGAGUCGAGGAUGUGAGAAGGGUGACAACAAGACCAGACGGCUAGCCAAAAUGACGUGUAGCAUACUCACACAGAUGUAGCCGAAAACACUGCGUUCAUGAACCAAAAUGUAGCCGAAAACACUGCGUUCAUGA